ACUUUACAGACUUCCGGUUCCGGUCUAUUCUUAAAAUGGGUAGAGGAAGUCGAAGCCGGUCCCCAAGACGAGAUCGUAGAGAUAAAAGACGUUCGAGAUCUCCUGAGAAGCGUCGUGACCACUAUUUACCAAAUCAGGAUUAUCAAGAUUUUCAUUAUCGUCCAAGACACAGAAGUCGUUCACCAUUUAGUAAAGAACUCACUUCGUACCAUGAACGGCGUCGACGAUCCAGAUCGCCAGAUAGAAAGAAAAAGAAAGAUGAAUUUUGGGGGUCUGAAAAAAAUAAACAUAAACGAUCGAAAUCUCGGAGUCGCACUAGAUCUCCUUCCAAACAAAAGCAAUCCUCGUCAGCAACUUCAAAUAAAGCUGCUUCUAAAUCGAAAAAGAAAAAAAAAGAAGAAGAAGUUCAGAUGGACGAAGACGGAGAUGAAAAAGAUCCCACGGAAACUGAAAUGAUGAAAAUGAUGGGAUUUUCUACUUUUGACACUACAAAGAAUAAAAAAGUUGUUGGUAAUCAGGAAGGAGAUGCUCAUAUAUUACUCAAAAGGAAAUACAGACAGUAUAUGAACAGAAAAGGAGGCUUUAACAGACCACUGGAUCCCAUAACAUAA